GCGGGCCUGAGGGUGAGAGCGGAGCCAUGAGGACCGCGGGCAUGUUGGCUGCUGUCGUCGCCCGUCACACCGCAGCACGGCCCUGCCGAGUCCAAGGCUUGUCUUCCAGAGCAGAUACUCAGCUGAAAGUUUGUGUUGUUGGUAGUGGUCCUGCAGGUUUUUACACUGCCCAGCAUCUACUUAAGUACUAUGAAUCAUCUGUGGUUGACAUCUAUGAGAAACUGCCUGUCCCGUUUGGCCUUGUGAGAUUUGGUGUUGCCCCUGACCAUCCAGAAGUGAAGAAUGUCAUCAAUGCAUUUACCCAGACAGCACAUCAUGACCGCUGCUCAUUUUAUGGCAAUGUAACUGUUGGAAAGGAUGUAAGCAUAGAAGAACUGAAACAAGCAUACCAUGCACUGGUACUGACCUAUGGAGCUGAAGCUAAUCGAACACUUGACAUUCCUGGAAAGAAUCUACUAGGUGUCUAUUCUGCAAGAACAUUUGUUGGCUGGUACAACGGUUUACCUGAAAACAAAGAUCUGAAUCCUGAACUGAGCAGUGAGACAGCAGUCAUUCUGGGACAUGGAAAUGUGGCAUUGGAUGUGGCCAGGAUUCUCCUAUCUCCCAUUGAUGUACUUAAGAAAACUGAUAUUGCUGGUCAUGCGUUGGAGGCUAUAGCAACUAGUAAGGUGAAGCGGGUACUACUUGUUGGGCGACGAGGACCCCUCCAGGUUGCCUUUACCAUAAAGGAAUUGCGCGAGAUGAUUAAUUUGCCUGAUACUCGUCCAUUGCUCAAUCCCAGUGACUUCAUGGGGCUCAAACAGGCUGUUAAAGACCUGCCAAGACCAAGGAAACGGCUAACUGAGCUCAUGAUAAAAACUGCACUUGAAAAGCCUUCUGGGAAAGAAGUUGAACGCCAAGCUGCAGCCACCAAGGAAUGGGGUCUUCGGUUUCUACGGAGCCCCUUGGAGAUAAUACCAAGUAAUGAUGGCAAACGGGUAGCUGGGAUUCGACUGUCUGUUAACAAAGUGGAGGGUUUAGGAGAGUCUGCAAAGUUCGUUCAAACGGAAGACGUUGAAGAUCUGGAGUGUGGAUUAGUGCUGAGCAGCAUCGGCUAUAAAAGCUAUCCCAUUGACCCUUCCGUUCCAUUUGAUCAUCGACUAGGAAUUAUCCCAAAUAAUUUGGGACGGGUUCUUCAUGCAUCAGGUCUUUACUGCAGUGGCUGGGUAAAAAGGGGACCGACUGGAGUCAUUGUAACGACAAUGCAUGAUGGCUUUGAAACAGCUGAGACUGUGCUGGGGGAUGUACGAUCAGGAUUACUGGAUGUGUCUGCUUCAAAAGGAGGAUCUAAAGUAAUCGAGGCUUUACUUAAACAACGAGGUAUUCGCCCAGUUACAUUUUCUGAGUGGGAAAAGAUUGACAAUGUUGAAGUGGCACGUGGUGAGCAAGCUGGAAAGCCCAGAGAGAAACUGCUUGAUGUUCAACAGAUGAUUGAAGUGGCCAGUCAAUGAACAUGCUGCUCCACGAUGAUUUCUGUACUUGAUCAAAUGUUGUAGAAAUCGGAUAUGUUCUCUGUCUGACCCUAUUCUCCAUCUAAUUUAAUGCAGAUCAGCUCCUCGGUUUGCGAUUUUAAAGAGGCAGAAUCGUUGAGAUUAUCAUGAGUAAAGAUGCCCAAUUGGUUUUUCAUGGGUCAUUCUUGAAAUUAAAGCCUGUUGUUCCUUUCACUGUGAAUCAAUACCCAACUGAUCCUUAAACUUAAGUCAAGAUUUUUCUUUUGAAACUGAUCAUUCCCUGUGUGAAGAGUUUAAAUUUAGGACUGGCAGUGAGUUUCAUCAGUAUAGAACUAUGCCUACUUCUACUUUAAUGUUUAACUUAAAGUAUUAUCCCUACUUUGCUUUUAGUAAUUGAUUGUUUUAAUCUUCAAUCUUUCAAAAGGUCUCUGCUUUGGGUGUGAGGAUAAAACAAAGAAUUGCCGUUGUAUUGUAGAACAUGACCUCAAAAAGCAGCAACAAAGCAUCCUGGACAGCCAGUUUAUUAUUAAAUCUGGUCAUUUUAGUUUCAUGUGACUUGUCCAUAAUAUGGCAUCUUGCACUAGAAUCUGCACUGCUUCAGCAAUUCGAAUGCUAUCCUUGUGUUUUGGUGUGUAAGCAUGGGCACAUUGUUUAAAGUAUAAGCACUAUUAUUUCAGCUUGACAUCCUCUGACCUCCUUUUGAUUUAACGGCAUUGUUCAGUGUUCAAUUUGUUGUUUACUGGUCUGUAGUAAAUGGGCAUAUUGGUUACAAAAUUUGCUAACAGCCUUUUAAUUUUACUUGUAGCUAUUCUGACAGAUAGACAAUGUAUUAACUUGUUCCUUCAUUUGUACCUCCCAUUUCAAUCCAUCUGACACGUUUAAAUCCCCCAAAUUUUUAUCCAACUUGUUGCUGGAUCUUGGCUUCGUCAUCAGACUUGGUGCCAUCUCCGUUUUUAAUCCAAUUUUAUUUAAGCUAAUGUUGUAAGUAAGGGACCGUACAGAUCACAAUGCAGGUUCACUCUUCCCCAACUCUGUUCUCCUGCUUCAAAUGAACACUACUGCCAGGCAGCUCUGAAAAAGGUGCAUUUAUGUCUUUAGUUAUCUGCCUUGUCAUCAUCUACCCCUUCUCACACCAAUCCAAUCCUUACUGCAGCUUUUGUCCGUAUAACCACGGAUUAUGGCAGUCUUUCCACCUCAUUAACUAAUCUUUUUAAUACAAACCUUCAGAUUUCCUCUAUUACAGCCAAUUGUUUAAUGAUUGCUGAGUUUUCCCUUCCAUUCCCUUAAUCAGAAGAGUGUUUCAAGUUUGGAAGACUUUAUGUGCAGUAGUAUUCCCUGAUAUCCAUUCUAGCCUUGGGCAUUUUUGUGCCCAACUUGCUCCAUCUUUUGUCCUGUUUCGGUAUGAACUGAUCACUUAAAGUGCAAGUGAUCUUGCACUUUAAGGCCUUUUACAGUUUUCCUCCAGUUUUGGUGAGCAAAUUUUUAUCCAUUUGUGACUGUUUCUGUUGUAGCAUCCUGUCAUUUUUAACUCCCUUUCUCCCCCCCCCCCCCCAACUUAACCAGAGGUGAAUCCUGGAAAUCGAAGUGCUUCCACCUUCUAUUGUACAUAGGGAGUGGAAUCAUGAGAAACUGCAACAGCUCACAGGAUUUGAUGUGAUAGAUAAAUGGAUGAGCUGUGGUGAGCGAAUAGUAUUUGCACGGAUGUUUCUAUUAACUCACCAGAACUGAACUAACCUGUCUCGGACUGGCUGAGAAUAUUUACCAAGCAAGUAAUUGAAAGUAAUUUUCAUAUCUUGUAUUUACUUUGCAUGGCAAUUGCAAACGCCUAGUUUAAAGCAGGGAAGACAUUGUCUUGAAAAUUAUUGUUUUAAAAAUUCCUGUUUUGAUGCAGUUUAGUUUCAUUAAUCGGAUUUGCCGGCUGAAUUUAGGAAUUAAAUAUUCCUAUAUCUUCUGGUAAAGAGAUGGCGCAAUGAAGUUGCCUUGUUCCUGCCCCUUCAGUAUUACACAAUUUAGAAUAAAGGUUAUCCUGCCUGCAUUAGGGAGACAAACAGCAAUUUGUUUGCAUAAAGCUGUAGCAGUUGUAAGCAUCUGAUUUAUGUAAAGUUGGAAUGUAGUUUCUCUAAAACUUUGUAUUGCAGCAACUGUACUCAAAAUUGGCAGUUGUUUGAUUAGCAAGUUCCAGGUCAGUGCUCUGACUCAUAAGCUUUAACAUUGGCCUCUGUAGGUUUCCUGCACCCUUGGGAGCUGAUCUUAAAAUCCACCAAGUUAGCGUUGAGGUGGUUAGUUGUACCAUCAACUUGAACUGGGAACUAUUGGAGCAAGUGUCCCUCUUGAGGCCAGUAUGGAAACAAUUUUAACAUGUCUUCACCAGUUAAUAAUUGUUCCAAUUAACCCAAAAGCAACAAACAUUAGGUUUUUGAGAAUAAAGGCAGCUUUUUUCAGUCAGUAAUAUAACUAAAGGUUAGACUUUUGAAAGCCAACAGUAUGGAUAUGACUAGUUCAGUGAACACAUUGUACAAAAUGAAUUUUG